AUGGCGAAGCGGAGCGUCUUCCGCCCUUGUAUAGAUCUACAUAACGGCGUAGUCAAACAGAUAGUAGGUGGGUCACUGUCCUCCGAUGACUCCUCCCUGAAGACAAACUUCGUCGCCAGCCAGUCCCCAGCAUACUACGCACAACUGUAUAAAGACAACGACCUUACAGGAGGACACGUGAUACUCCUUGGACCGGGUAAUGAUGCCGCAGCGAGGGAAGCGCUUGCUGCCUGGCCUGGGGGGUUACACGUGGGGGGAGGGAUCAACGAUACCAACGCCCUUUCCUGGCUGAGUGCCGGAGCGGAGAAAGUGAUUGUCACUUCCUUCCUCUUUCCUUCUGCAAAGUUCUCCCUCGAGAGACUAGAGAGGUUGGAGCAGCUGGUGGGGAAAGAGAGGCUCGUGGUUGACGUGAGCUGCAGGAAGAGGGGCGAGAAAUGGAUCGUUGCGAUGAACAAAUGGGAAGACCUGACCGACAUGGAAGUCACCGCUUCCUCCCUUCAACUACUCGAACAGCACUGCAGCGAAUUCCUCAUCCAUGCCGCCGACGUCGAAGGUCUAUGCCAAGGGAUCGACGCUGAGCUCGUACAAAGGUUAGGGGGGUGGAUGAGCGUCCCGUGCACUUAUGCGGGCGGGGCUAGAGAGCUGGCAGAUUUGGAGCUGGUUCAAAGACUAAGUGGGGGAAAAGUGGACUUGACUUUUGGAAGCGCAUUGGAUAUAUUUGGUGGGAAGGGGGUGAGGUUUGACGACCUGGUGGAGUACAAUAGGAGGGAGUUAUAG